GAGAAGGUGGGCCUCACCCAGGAGGGGAGGGCGCCCAGAAACUUCCUACGACUCUCUGCUCCACAGCGCACCGCAGACUGCAAAACAAGGUCAGCCUGGAGCGGGGUGGCAGCCUGCCUGGGGGCGGGAGACCCUCCUCGGGGCUGGGCGGAGGCGUUUAAGCGCCUCGCCAUAUUGAGCAGCCACGUUGAGACGCCUUUGUCUAUAGAGUCCUCCCACAAACUUUCAGCUACACUCGGAGUGUCGGGGCCUAGGGAGAAGCGAUCGGAGCCCGUGCGUCCCCAGCUUGGAGCCGGGACACUGGCGUCUCCCGUUUGAACCCAGCUUUUAGCCUCGGGACUGACCGCGCCUCAGUUCACGUAAGCAUCCUGGAAAAUCGCUCACUACCACUCCGAAGGGGUGAGGGAAAACCCAACUUGGACUUGUCGCCUGCGGAGAAAAUUGCCGGGAGGUGACACUCUGCAUGAGCAGAGUUGCUAGGACUCUCCCCUACCCCCUCCCUAAGACUAGAAGCUAAGUUUUUUGUUUGGGCUUCGUGCCCCCCACCCCAGAAUUCACUCUGGAGAUCUUAAAGACUCUCGAGAAAAGCCACGUUGGGGGCUGGUUCCCCUGGGGCUUCCUCCCCUCUCCCGAUUGCCUGAUCCUCUGGAGCGUCCCUGAUGUCUGCAAAGAUGUCGAUCUGGACGUGUUAGUGGAGGCCUUAAGGCCCGUGGGCACCUUUAAGAAGAUCGGAAAGGUGUUCCGUAAAGAGGAGGACUCCACGGUGGGAAUGCUGCAGAUUGGGGAGGAUGUUGACUAUCUGCUCAUCCCCCGGGAGAUCCGGCUGGCUGGGGGCGUGUGGAGAGUCAUCUCCAAGCCCGCCACCAAGGAAGCUGAAUUUCGGGAGCGCCUGAUUCAGUUUCUGCAGGAGGAGGGCCGCACCCUGGAAGACGUGGCUCGAAUCAUCGAAAAGAGUACUCCACACCCACCCCAGCCCCCCAAAAAAGCCAAAGAACCCCGAGUGAGGAGAGUCCCACAGAUGGUCACUCCUCCACUUCGACUAGUCGUAGGCACCUAUGACAGCAGUAACGCCAGUGACAGCGAGUUGAGUGACUUCGAGACCUCCAAAGUCAAAGGCAAUAGGGGCUCCCAGAGGACCAGAAAGGUGCGCAAAAUACCCGUCAGUUACUUGGGCAGCAAAUUCCUGGGCAGCGAUGUGGAGAGCGAGGAUGAUCAGGAGUUGGUAGAAGCCUUCCUCCGCCGGGGGGAGAAGAAGCCCAGCGCGCCUCCUCUACGUCGCCGAGGCAAUAUGCCAGUGCCCAUGUUUGAGGACAACCUGGGACCCCGGCCAUCCAAGGCCGACAGAUGGCGGGAGUAUGUCAGCCAGGUGUCCUGGGGAAAGCUGAAACAGAGGGUGAAGGGCUGGGCACCCAGAUCAGGCUCGGAUGUGGUCGAGGCCCAGCAGGCCUCCAUCGUAGCUGAGAGGGCUGGAGAAUUGAGGCAUAGCCAUACCAGUCGGAACGAUAGCUUCAGAAGAAACACAGGAGACGGGAGCGACAAGACACCGGGUACCAGACGCUGGAAACCCAAGAUCAAGUGGGUCUCCUUGAGGCGGUGCAGGAAGGAGCAGGAGCCCCCAGAGGCUGCAGAGAAUCAGAGGGUAGAUGUUCCAGCUGAACCAGCUGAACGUGGAGUAGAGACUGCACCUAACCCGAGAGCAGAGGCUGCACCUAAUCCGAGGGCAGAGGCUGCACCUAAUCCGAGGGCAGAGGCUGCACCUAAUCCGAGGGCAGAGGCUGCACCUAAUCCGAGGGCAGAGGCUGCACCUAAUCCGAGGGCAGAGGCUGCACCUAACCCAAGACCAGAGGCUGCUGCUAAUCCAAGGACAGGGCCUGCACCUGCUGAAGAGAGGGCAGAGGCUGCAGCUAACCCGAAGGUAGAGGUUGCAGCUAAUCUGAGGGCAGAGGCUGCAGCUAACCUGAAGGUAGAGACUGCAGCUAAUCCGAGGGCAGAGGCUGAAGUUAAUCCAAGGGCAGAGGCUGCAGCUAACCCGAAGGUAGAGGCUGCAGGUAAUCUGAGGGCAGAGGCUGCAGCUAACCCGAAGGUAGAGGCUGCAGAUAAUCCGAGGGCAGAGGCUGAAGUUAAUCCGAGGGCAGAGACUGCAGCUAAUCCGAGGGCAGAGGCUGCAGCUAAUCCGAGGGCAGAGGCUGCAGCUAAUCUGAGGACAGAAGUCAUAGGUAGGCAGAGGGCAGAGGGCCCAGUUAACCAAGAGACUAGAGCUGCAGAAAGUGAGAGGGUGGAGGCCCCAGGUGACCAGAGGGCAGGAGUCCUCCAUGACCAGAGGGAGGAGGCUGGACCUCAGGCUAUAGCGCAAGCCUCAGCUAGCUCUGUUACCCUAGGGACAGCCCCAGGAUCUAGGGCCCAGAAACAGGUAAAGACAGUGAGGUUCCAGACCCCAGGACGGUUCUCAUGGUUUCGCAAGCGCAGGAGGGCCUUCUUGCACACUCCCCGGCUGCCAACCCUGCCCAAGAGAGUUCCCAGGGUAGGUGAGGCUAGGAGCCUCAGGGUGCUGAGGGCUGAGGCUAGAACAGAAGUGGAACACAGACAGCAAGAGGAACAGCUGUGAGAGGAGUCCAGGGCCCCCGCACCCUGCCUGCCCUGUGCUGGCUGCUACGGUGCCUCCCUCCCUUGUAGGCUCCUUCUACCUCCAUGUUUGAGGCAGGCAGCACCUCCCAUGCCUUUACCAGCACUACUUUCCUCCCCUCUUCUCUACCUUC